AAAGAAAUAGGCCCAAUAUGAUACAUGUUAUAAAAAAACAAAAAAACAAAUGACACGUGUACCCUAGAAUCUCUAACUUUCAUCUCCUUCCUCUCUCUUUCCCCCAAAUUUCAGCCGCCGCGGCAAUGUUUUCUCAGGCGACGCCUAAAUCUACAGCCACCUGAAAACUCCUCCGUAAUCUCAAUCACCGAACCAUGUUUCUCAAUUUCGACAUUGAAUCAAAAAAGACGAAACAAUCCUUGUUUCUCGACGAAGACAUCUGUGAAGAAGAAGAGCUACAAAGACUUUAAUUUUUUCUUUCUGAGCAAGUAUGGAUUCAUCAUCGACGAAAUCGAAGAUCUCACAUUCACGCAAGACGAACAAAAAGUCAAACAAGAAGCACGAAUCAAAUGGGAAACAACAACAACAACAAGACGUCGAUGGUGGUGGUGGGUGUUUGAGAUCAUCAUGGAUCUGCAAGAAUGCAUCGUGUAGAGCUAAUGUGCCUAAAGAAGAUUCCUUUUGCAAGAGAUGUUCUUGUUGUGUUUGUCAUAAUUUCGAUGAAAACAAGGAUCCUAGUCUUUGGUUAGUUUGUGAGCCUGAGAAAUCUGAUGAUGUUGAGUUCUGUGGCUUAUCGUGUCACAUUGAGUGUGCUUUUCGAGAAGUCAAAGUUGGUGUUAUUGCUCUUGGGAAUCUGAUGAAGCUUGAUGGUUGUUUUUGUUGCUACUCAUGUGGCAAAGUUUCUCAAAUUCUUGGAUGUUGGAAAAAGCAGCUUGUGGCAGCAAAGGAAGCACGACGACGUGAUGGACUGUGUUAUAGAAUAGAUUUGGGUUAUAGACUGUUGAAUGGGACUAGUCGGUUUAGUGAAUUGCAUGAGAUUGUUAGAGCUGCUAAGUCUAUGCUGGAGGAUGAAGUUGGACCUCUUGAUGGACCUACUGCUAGAACUGAUAGAGGCAUUGUUAGUAGGCUUCCUGUUGCAGCUAAUGUGCAAGAGCUUUGCACUUCUGCAAUUAAAAAGGCAGGGGAGUUGUCAGCCAAUGCAGGUAGAGAUUUAGUUCCAGCUGCGUGCAGGUUUCAUUUCGAAGAUAUUGCACCAAAGCAAGUGACUCUUCGUCUGAUUGAGCUACCUAGUGCUGUAGAAUAUGAUGUUAAGGGUUACAAGUUAUGGUAUUUCAAGAAAGGAGAGAUGCCUGAGGAUGAUUUAUUUGUUGAUUGCAGUAGAACUGAGAGGAGGAUGGUGAUAUCUGACCUUGAGCCUUGCACGGAGUACACAUUCCGUGUUGUCUCUUACACAGAAGCUGGUAUAUUUGGCCAUUCGAACGCUAUGUGCUUUACGAAGAGCGUUGAGAUAUUGAAACCAGUGGAUGGUAAGGAAAAGAGAACAAUUGAUUUAGUAGGUAACGCUCAGCCCUCAGAUAGAGAGGAGAAAAGUAGCAUUUCCUCAAGAUUUCAAAUUGGGCAACUUGGGAAGUAUGUGCAGUUGGCUGAAGCUCAGGAGGAAGGCUUGCUUGAAGCGUUUUACAAUGUAGAUACUGAGAAAAUUUGUGAGCCGCCAGAGGAAGAAUUGCCACCUCGAAGGCCACAUGGGUUUGAUCUAAAUGUAGUUUCAGUGCCAGACUUGAAUGAGGAGUUCACUCCACCUGAUUCUUCUGGAGGUGAAGACAAUGGAGUGCCGCUAAAUUCGCUUGCUGAGGCUGAUGGUGGUGAUCAUGAUGAUAACUGUGAUGAUGCUGUGUCUAACGGUAGACGGAAGAACAACAACGACUGCUUGGUUAUAUCAGAUGGAAGUGGUGAUGAUACCGGAUUUGAUUUCCUCAUGACCAGGAAGAGGAAAGCAAUUUCAGACAGUAAUGACUCAGAGAACCACGAGUGUGACAGUUCGUCGAUUGAUGACACUCUUGAGAAAUGUGUGAAGGUGAUCAGGUGGCUGGAGCGUGAAGGCCACAUUAAAACAACAUUCAGGGUCAGGUUCUUGACAUGGUUCAGCAUGAGCUCAACCGCUCAGGAGCAAUCUGUUGUGAGCACAUUUGUGCAGACUUUAGAGGAUGAUCCAGGUAGCCUUGCUGGCCAACUUGUCGACGCAUUUACUGAUGUUGUCUCCACCAAAAGGCCAAACAAUGGAGUAAUGACCUCACAUUGAUCAAGCUUCCCAUUGAUUCAACCACAUUCUUUCUUAGUAUGAAUAAUAUGAUUAGAACUAAAUAGUCCAUGAUUUCUCUAACGUGGAUUCGGCUAUUUAUCAUCAAUUUGGACCACAGGAUUGACCACAUUGCAAAUCUCUUUGGAUUGGGGUUUAGAUUUAGGAUUUGACAUAAUAAUAUUUUAAAAAAUCUCCUUAGGGAGAGUAUUUUGCCUCUGUUCCUUGUUUCUGUUCAUAUCUAAAGAGGUCCUGCGAACCAUUCGCUCUGUUGUGUACUAACUCGUGUAAAGUGUCAAUUUCAUCAACUUCUAAAACAAUAUCUUGGUUAUAUUGAUUGAUCGUUUCAGAUUUUCAAAUGAUUACAUCUGUUAUUGUUUUUAUGCAAAAAAUGUUAUUUUCAACAAACCAAAAUAGAAAGUUCAG